AUGCACAUCAUCUAUUUCUAUGUCAUUACAAACUACAACAACCCGGCUGCACUGACCCGAUCGGUUUGGAGCUUUGAUGCAACAAUAGUCGUGACCGCGGUUAUCACAUGCAUCACUCAUGGAUUUUAUGCCCGCCGAGUCUACAUAUUGAGCAAUCGGAGCUGGUUCCUCCCUACCAUCAUAGGCAUCCUUUCGGCGGUACGGAUGAUUCUCGGUUGUGUCGUGACCGUCCGCAUAAUAGGGGUGAUUGCCUCCCUAUUCUUCACAAUAAUGUUCCUGAUGGUGGAUGUAACCUUCGUACAGGUUCUGGUCGACGUAAAAGAUCUGGGUUCAAUCGCAGGUAAGCCGUCCUCCAUCAAUGACCUGUACUUCCUCUGGGUAAUCACUGGUCUACAUAGCACAGAUAAUUUAAUUGAUAGACUCACCUAUUGGACAAUAAACAACGGUCUUCUUACGAGUCUCCUUGGACUGGCAAUCAUUAUAUCUCUUGUAGCAAUGCCGUACAACAUGAUUUAUCUCGCCUUACACCUCCUACUCGGUAAACUUUAUGCGAAUUCGCUGCUGGCAACGCUUAACUGUCGUACACCGCAUGCCGGAAGAGGGAUCAAUGAGUCUGGAGAGGAUGGAACAACUGUCUCGUUACCUACAAGAGCCCCGUCGGGCACCUCAUCAUUUCCAGCAAGCACAAUCGACCGUAAAGGGGUCACUCCGGUCGUGCAUGUUGAGACAACGAUUGUCAGCGACAAGGCUGAUUGA